CACACACACACACACACCUACACUUGUGCAAGCUCGCACACACACACACACACACACACACAGGAGCGUAGCUGAGAGGCAAGGACUGCAGCAGCAUGCACCAACCGCGGCUGAGCUGUUCACGGCCACACGAGGAAGGGGGAACUGAGGGGAGGAAAUAGUGUGCUGUCUCACACAAGCAUACGUGGGCAUCUUUGUAGCGGCCAGGAGCGCUGCAUUUCCAGAGCGGAUAGCUUAUGUUAUCCGGCCUUCCCCCCCUGCACUGCCUCUGCAUCCCGUUCACACUGCUCCUCCCACUCCAAGUCUUCCUCCUCCUCCUGUCUUUAGCAUCAUUACACCGGACUACAGAUUGACCGGGACUGGUCGAGCGGCGGAUGGUCAGGUUUGCACCGGCUUGAAGACACCUCUGUGGCUAAGCUACAUCUACACCUCCACUGACGACUGGAUUGUAAUCGACAUCCGGAGCUAGAAGAGGACCGGCAAGCCGAAAGGAGCCUCGGAUGUGUUGUGUCAUUUAUUUUACCAGCGUUGUCAUUUGGCGCAUUUGCUCUAUUUCACUGCUUGUUUUUUGCCAUCUCUAAGACUGGCUAGCAGGCACUGCAGCAUCAGGACCGCAAGACCCAUGAAGUGGUAGGGCAUGAGGACCCAGGGGCGACCCAAAGGAAGGGUUUGAAUGCUUCCAUUGCAACCACUGCUGCUGAGCUGAGUGAUUGGGACAGCGGGUGGAAGUAAAGAUGCUUAUGGCCCGAGACACGGCGCGGGACGAGGCUCAAAAGCUACACAGGAAGUGGCUGAAGCACCAGGCCUUUAUGGCGGAGCUGGCCCGCAAUAAAGAAUGGCUUGCCAAGAUCGAGCAGGAGGGUCAGGAGCUGAUCCAGGAGAAGCCAGAGCUGCGUCCAGUGGUUCAGCAGAAGCUGGAGGAGAUCAGAGAGUGCUGGUCCGACCUGGAGAGCACCACAAAGGCCAAGGCCCGUCAACUCUUUGAAAACAACAAGCCCGAGCCGGCGGUGAAGAGCUACUCAGACCUGGACAACCAGCUCUCCCACCUGGAACAGGAGCCCCCCCAGUUGGAGCAGGCCCACCAUCUGCCCACAUUCAACGAGCAGCUCCAGAAAUUCCAGGCUAUGGAGUCUCAGAUUGGGGACUUCUACAAGGAUGUGGGAGAGCUGGGUAGCUUGCAAGGGGUCUGCCUACCCCAGCGAGGGCUGAUGGCGGGCGACAGGGAAAGCGGGGAGCAGUCGCCCGUGGUGGAGACACGCAUUGUUCGUCUCAUUGAGCCGCUGAAGGAGAGACGCCGCAUCCUGCUGGCUUCCAAAGAGAUGCACCAGGUCGCCCAGGACCUGGAGGACGAGAUACUGUGGAUUCAGGAGAGGCUUCCCUUGGCCUCCUGUAAAGAUUAUGGGACUAACCUCCAGAGUGUACAGCAGCACGUAAAAAAGAACCAGACACUCCAAAGGGAGCUGACGGGGCGGCGGGCUCGUGUUGAGGAGGUUCUGGACCGUGCGGCGAUCAUCGCUUCGCUAAGGACUCCCGAGGUGGAGUUUGUGCGCGAAGGGGCCGGACAUGUGCGCCAGCUGUGGGAGGUUUUGCAGCUGGAGACGGAGCGGCGGUGCGUGAUGCUAGAUGCCACGCUGCAGGCUCAGCAGUACUACAGCGAGGCGGCCAAAGUUGAGUCCUGGCUGUCGGGUCAGAAGCUCCAUCUGGUCAAUGAGGAGAGAGGCACGGACGAGCCGAGCACCCUGCUGCUGCUGAAGGCCCACCUGGCCCUGGAGCAAACAGUGGAAACGUACGCAGAGACCGUAGGCAUGCUAUCCCAGCAGUGCCAGCGUCUUAUGGAACUUGGACACCCAGAAAGCGAGCAGCUCACCAAGCAGCAGACGCACAUAGACCGGCUAUAUGUGUCUCUGAAGGACAUGGUGGAGCACAGGAAGACCAAGCUGGAGCAGCAGUACUGGCUUUAUCAGCUCAACAAGGACGUGGAGGAGUUAGAGAAGUGGAUCACCGAGCGGGAGACAGUGGCUAGCUCCACCGAACUGGGCCACGACCUGGAGGACGUCACGGUGCUCCAGGAGAGAUUCACCAAGUUUGCCUCAGAAACCAACAAUGUCGGCCAGCGGAGCAUGGAGCAGGUGAACAAAAUGGUGAACGAGAUGAUCGACUGUGGUCACUCAGACGCGGCCACCAUUGCCGAGUGGAAGGACGGGCUGAACGAGUCGUGGGCCGAUCUCCUGGAGCUGAUGGAGACCCGCAGGCAGAUGCUGGCGGCGUCGCACCAGCUGCACAAGUUCUUUACCGACUGCAAAGAGGUCUUGGCUCAGAUCUCGGGGAAGAUGAAGCAGCUGCCAGAGGUGAGGGCGUGCCAAGCCAACAUCACCAAUCCGGCCACCCUGCAGAGACUCAUGCACUCAUUUGAACAUGCCCUUCAACUGCUCGUCGCACAGGUGAGGCAGCUGCAAGAGAACGCAGCCCAGUUGAGGACCAUCUAUGCUGGGGAGAAGGCCGAGGCCAUAAUGCUCAAAGAGAUGCAGGUGAUGGAGGCCUGGAAGGAGCUGCUGGGCUCUUGCGAGGCCAGUCGCGUCCAGGUCACCUCAGUUACAGACAAGGUGCAGUUCUUCUCAGUGGUGCGUGAAAACCUGAUGUGGAUGGAAGGCAUCAUGGGCCAGAUCGGAUGGGAUGAGCCCAGGGAUUUGGCUGCUCUAGAGGUGAUGAUAAAACAACAUCAGGAAAUGAAAGCCAAAGUAGACGGCCGCAGCAAGACCAUACAGCAGUGUGCAGAUCUGGGAAAGAUCUUAAUAGCUGCCGGGAACCCUGCAUCAGAGGAGAUACAAGAGAAGCUGGACAGUCUUCUGGCUAAGCAGAGGGAUCUUGUGGAAAAAUGGGACAAACACCAGGAUAAGUUGAAGCGCAAGCAGGAAAAGUUCCAGUUUGCCCAGGAGACGGUAAGGGCGGAAGCCUGGCUUAAGGCCAAGGAGCCAUUGAUCACCUCCAGAGAGCCAGAGGGAGGAGGGGCCCAGGCUCAAACAGACGAGGUUGAGCAACUCAUCCUUCGCCACGAGGCCUUCCGCAAGGCUGCUGUAACCUGGAAAGAACGCUUCAGCUCUCUCCGCCAGCUUUCCGCAGAUGAGAAGAAAAAAGAGGAGGAGAAAAAGACAACCCCACUCUCCAGCCGAAGGAUGUUCCCACUAUCAUGUCUGACACCCAACGUUCCCUCAACCAGUGCUACCUCAUCUUUCUUGAGGCAGACCGUACAGGCCCAUAUUGAACACAAACCCAUACAAACCAGUCUGGAUCUUGGUGCCACCCCUGCAAGCAAAAGAUUGUCUUCAACCCUAGGAAGCUACAAGCCAGUUAUAAAUGGAUCAGGCUAUCAUGGAUUGGAACAGCAGAGCAGUGGGAAAUUUGUGAGCCCCUCGUACCUUGGAAUGAACCACCAGCCAGUUGGACCGGGAAGUGACUCCGGUUUCUCGGCGCUGACCUCCCAUAGCGGUGGAGGAGAUUCUACUACUUACCUUGGUAUAAACAAUCAAACUGCUGGCAGUGCAGAGAGCUCUGGGUACUUUGGACUGACCACCGGUAGUGUAGGUAGUAUGCAUAACCAUCAAGCCAGUGGUAGGUUAGGAAGUUCAGGUAACCUAGCCCAGCAGCCAAGCAGUGGAGGUAUGGGAAGCCCUGGCCUUUUACCUCAACAGAACAUGGGAAGCUCUGGAUACUUAGGACAUCAGCCUAAUUUAGGGAGUACAGGAUAUUUGGCACAACAGCCUAAUCUGGGGAGUUCCGGGUAUCUGGUACAGCAGCCUAAUACUGGGAGUUCUGGGUAUUUGGCACAACAGCCUAAUACGGGCAGUUCUGGGUAUUUGGCACAACAGCCUAAUACGGGAAGUCCUGGGUAUUUGGGGCAACAGCCUAAUAUGGGGAGCUCUGGGUAUUUAGCACAACAGCCUAAUAUGGGGAGCUCUGGGUAUUUAGCACAACAGUCAAAUAUUGUGAGUUCUGGAUACCUAGCACAGAAUUAUCAGAGCAGUGGGGGAUUGGGUAGUUCAGGUUUUCUGGCACAAAAUCAUUACAGCAGUGGAAGUCUGGGCAGUUCUGGUUACCUGGCGCAGAGUGGUGGCAUCAUGGACCCUAAAAUGGCAUAUGCAUGGCAGCACCUCAAAGCUGACUUCAUGCAGCCCAGAAUCAACCACAUCCACAAGGCUGUAAACCCCCUACUAGAAGCCAGCAGAGUGCAGCGGGAACAGUUUGGGGACAUCCCAAUGGCAGACAUGGUGGGGCCAGAAUCAGGUCUGGAGCUCCUUCACGGCCGUCUACAGAGGGAUCCCCGUGGCAGCCGCUCUGAUCCCCAGAUGGACCAUCUGAGGCGAGAGAGGGAGUACAAGCUGGGUAGGCAGACCUCUAGCGAACAGGAGAUCCAAGCCAGGCUGAACGAGUUGCCACUGAUUGUGCGUCAAGAGCGUUACCGGAGGCGCCUAGAGAGGCAGUCGUCCAGUGAACAGGAGGGGAGCAACAAGCAGAGACUACAAAGACAGGACUCGAGUGACCUGGAGGGCUCAGUUAAGGAGGGCUCUGACAAACGCUCAGGGGAAAAGAGGUCUACCAUGGCAGAGAUUGUAGAACAGGCCCAGGAGAGAGAGGCAGCACAGACACGAGGAGAGCCUUAUCGGCCAACAAGCAGCCUCUCAGCACCCGUGACUCGCUUUGACGGACGCCCUCGUGCCAGAGACCGCCCCAAACCGAGGAGGAGGCCCCGUCCGAAAGAACCCGAGGAAACACGACGUUCUCGCUCGGCUCCAGCUACUGGUGCCCCAACAACACCACAACCGCCUUCACACACUGCCCAAAAUGAAGGCUUUCUCUACCGCAAAAAGGUUACAACUUCUGACCUUGAAGCUCAGCAGAGAAGCCCAAACAGCAAGUCCUGGACGAACGUGUAUUGUGUGCUGAAGGAGGGACAGCUGAUCUUCUACAAGGAUGCUAGGCACCAAACCACACCAUACAAUGAUGAGCCCCCUGUAGACCUAAGCAACUGCUCGUUUGAUCCUUCAAUGGGAUACAAAAAGAAGAAAAAUGUCUUCAUUCUUCAAAUGAACGAUGGAAACAACUUGGCAUUCCAUGCCAAAGAUGAGGAGGACCUAAAGGCCUGGACAUCAAACAUCACCAACUGUAUAGCCGAGCACGAGUCCAUGGGCAAGUGGGACAAGCCUGGCACGUCGUCAAUGGACCCCGACAACUCGGAGAGGAAGGAGAAGUCAGAGGGGGAUGCGGACGCCAGAUCAGAGAGGUCUGAGCUAGCUGAAGGGGAGGAGCGGUCCGAGAAAGAGAGGUCAGAGAAAGGGGACGGCUCAGAGAAGUUAGACACGUCAGAAAUCGCCGACAAAAUGGAGGGCGGGGCAGGGGGCUCCAGCACGUCCGGAAAGAGCAAAUGAGGAGCCCCUUUGUGUUUUUAACAUUACUCACCGACUAAAGGCGUGGGAGGCAGUUGGUGGGAGGGAUGGAUGGAGAGUGUGUGCAGCUGGGUUUGCAGAUCCUCAAUCACAGAGCCACAGCACACCGAGGCCAUAGUCGUUGGACAGACUAUUGCUACUGUGACAGACUAAUCUCUCAGCCUCACCCCUUCACCCAGGCAAUACAUCAGUGCUUGCAUUGGGCCACCUGCUGAUAGAUAGGAGGUCCGCCCAGACAGACAGACAGACAGACAGGAAGACACUCCAACAAGUGGUCCCAGGAAUUAGUCACUGUCACGUCCCAUCGUUGAUUGUUUAAUCUCUUGAAUUCACAGCAUCUUUCUGUACGUAUCUUUGACAAUGUAACGCUCUGUCUAGCUAGACAAACCCGAGAAGCGGUGAAUAAAAUGUUUCACAAUAUCAAAAAAAAGAAAAAAGUUUUUUGAAGCAAUAUACUUUUUUAUUUCUUCUCUUUGUCAAAGAAGUAAAAGAGGAGGAGGAAAUAAGGAAUAAUUGCAAAUGUGAACCCUAUGAUUUGUCACAUCCACGUGGGCUUACUCCAGGCAGUUGUGCACCUUCCACACUUGACACAUCUGUAUACUAAUCAUACUGACAUUUAAUCCAGUCGUAUGGCUAGCUUUGAAUCAUGUUAAUAUAACGGAAUGCUGGUGUUACCCACCUGACUUCAUCGGUGUAAAUGAAUACACAGUUUUACAGUGUUUUUUUCUUCUUUUUUUUACAGUUUGCAUUAUUAUUAUUAUUGUUUGUCCGCGACGAUCCAUGUAAAAAAUAAAAACAGAACUUUCCAUCAAAUUCUAAUUCAAGUUGUGUUCAAAGUGACAAUGCUCAAAGUAAUACUAAGCCUAAUAGGACACAAUGCCUUUGUAUACAUGACAGAAAAUCAGAACAUUGCAUGAAAAAAGUCUACUAGUGCACCUGUUGAACUGGCCUUUAUUUUUAUGUUCGUGUUAAAUGGGUCGGGAAGUAUUGGAAUUGCAAUAACUGAAUGCAAGUGGGGAAGUGGGGCCAAAUUAUAUUUUGCUACCACGGUUUGCUGCUGAAAAUCCAGAUGUAAGUUUGACCGGGUUGUCUUCUAAACCACAGCGCGCAUGAGAAGAAGAUGAUGGGUUUUUUUUUUAGACAGAGGUAUAGCAGAUAAGAGAUUACUCCCUAAUCUGUAACAGGAUUUAAGAUGCCAAAUGGCCCCUCUACUGUUUGUACUGUAUUACUGCAAUUCAUUUCCCACAGAAUGUAUUGAUUUCUGCUGUGAAAUGUUCCGCGGCCGCCGUGUUUUGUGGUGCCCCAGAAAUUGUAAAAACCCCCUGGAGUGGAUUCACUGAGAGUUGAGCCUCUCUGUACCGUGUGUGUUUCAUUUGAUUUUCAAAACCAAUCGGAAUCUCUCCAUCAAAAGGCAAGUUAAAUGUAAAACUGUCAUGAUUCAAUUCAUGAAUUGUAUAUACCUAUCUUUGUAUGUAUACCAAUAAAUCCUGUGCUCUAAUAAAACAAUACUGAAACUGAAA